AUGUUGCCGCGAGCUUUGGAUUUUGCAAUUGGAAUUCAGAAAUGGAAGGAAGCAGCGAGGGUUUACGAGUAUCGACUAUCAAUUAGCAGUGGCAAUGACAAGGAUUGGGAGACUAUUUUCGUUUAUGGUCAUCCAUACUACAAGAAAAGGAAGAAAUUAUGGAAGGAUUUAAUUUUUGUAAAUAAUAGUCUGGCACAGCCAACAGUGUUGAUCGGAGACUUUAACGAUGUUAUUUCUCAAGAUGAGAAGGUAGGUUUACACCUUAAACCAAGUUGUCAGAUAGAAGCUUUCAGAAAUUUUGUACAUGAGAAUGCUCUCUUGGAUAUGGAACUUCAAGGGAUGAAAUACACCUGGUUUAGUAAUCCAAGGAAUGGUUGUGUUACUAAGAAAAAGCUUGAUAGGGUUUUCGUCAAUUGGGAAUGGAGAAGAGCUUUUCAACAUGCCACACUCUCAGCCUUACUGCCUAUUAGCUCGGAUCAUGCUCCCCUAGUUCUCGAUGUUAAACCUAGAGGUAGAAGGAUUAAAAAUUUUACGUUUGAGGCCUUUUGGGUACACCAUGCCGAUUGUGACGCUGUUAUAAGGAGAGGAUGGAGCAGUUCUGGCUAUACUGGUUCUGAUCACUGGAAAAAUCUGAAUCGAAGGAUACAGAAUUGCAAGAAGGAAUUAACCAAAUGGAAUAGAACUAGCUUUAAGAAGGCUGAUGUGGAAAUAGAAAAUUUAAGGCUUCGCCUCAAACAACUGUAG